CGCAGCGCCGCUUAUCCGUAGAGCCGAGUAGGGGCGGACAUUGCCGAAGCACCUUCGCUAGUGAAACUGAAUUUUGUUUUUGCGCUCACUCGCAGAGGAAACAGUGAAGAAGUGGGUUUUUACUCAAGACGAGAGCAAAAAUGACUCGACUUGAGAAGCUGUGCGUUUUUGCGGCGCUGCUGUUAACGCAGUGCGCCGCCGUCAUCAGAGUUCCUCUUCACAAAACCAGAAGUCUGCGCCGUCUCAUGAGCGACAACGGUCGGUCUCUGGAGGAGCUCCGGGCCCUGGCCGUGACCUCUGGAGCCCCAGACGUGGCCCCCUCACCCGGACUGCCUGUGGAGAGACUCACCAACUUCAUGGAUGCCCAGUACUACGGCGUGAUCAGUGUCGGCACCCCCCCUCAGGACUUCUCUGUGCUGUUUGACACCGGCUCCUCCAACCUCUGGGUCCCGUCCAUUCACUGCUCUUUCUUCGAUCUGGCCUGCUGGAUUCAUCGCCGCUACAACUCGAAGAAGUCGAGCACGUACGUUAAGAACGGCACUGAGUUCUCGAUCCGAUACGGCAGAGGCAGCCUGUCUGGUUUCAUCAGUGAGGACACCGUCUCAGUUGCAGGUCUGCCUGUGGCAAACCAGCAGUUUGGAGAAGCGGUGAAGCAGCCCGGCAUCACGUUUGCUGUGGCCCGCUUCGACGGCGUUCUGGGGAUGGCGUACCCCUCUAUCUCAGUGGCUAACGUCACCCCGGUGUUUGACACCGCCAUGGCUGCAAAGCUGCUGCCCCAGAACCUCUUCUCUGUCUUUAUCAGCAGAGAUCCGACCGCAGCCAUGGGAGGAGAGCUGGUUCUGGGUGGGACCGACCCGCAGUACUACACCGGAGACUUGCACUAUGUUAACGUGACGAGGAAGGCCUACUGGCAGAUCAGCAUGGACAGGGUCGACGUCGGGAACCAGUUGAGUCUUUGUAAGGCCGGUUGCCAGGCGAUUGUUGACACCGGCACGUCCCUGAUGGUUGGACCUGCUGCAGAAAUCAGAGCGCUGCACAAAGCCAUCGGAGCUCUGCCCCUGCUGAUGGGCGAGUACUGGAUCGACUGCAAGAAGAUUCCAUCUCUCCCAGUGAUCUCGUUCAACAUCGGAGGGAAGACCUUCAACCUGACUGGGGAGGAUUACGUCCUGAAGGAGUCUCAGAUGGGCCAGUCCAUCUGUCUGUCCGGCUUCAUGGCCAUGGAUAUCCCACCUCCCGCAGGGCCCCUUUGGAUUUUGGGAGAUGUGUUCAUCGGGAAGUACUACACGGUGUUUGACAGGAAUGCCGACAGAGUGGGGUUUGCCUCUGCUAAGUAACCAUCUGAACAUGUUUUCAUCACAGCAAAGAUGGAACAUUCUGCUUUCUGAGUAUUAUAGGAAGCUGCACUGGACGUUCAAGCAGAAAUGUGGAGUUUGUUGUGAGAGCACCACCUAGAGGCAGAAAAACGGUACUGCACCUCAAUCCCAUCUCACCUGCUUCUGUAAUUACAGCUGAAACACCUCUUGUUCAUGAACGUGCACCUCUAGCCAGACAACAGAUCUAAAACAUGUUGCUUUACAAUUAAUAUUCUCAUGUUUGGCUGGAUUUAUGGAUUUUUCUAACAAGUCUAACAGAUUUCCUGGAGAGGGGGAGCUCCGGAUCGCUGCUUUAACUCUCUGAUGCAUGAAUUAUGAGAUCUUCAACCAUGAUUUUUGUAAACAAUUUUUUUUCAUUCAUUUUUAGGUGUGAAUGAAACAAAUUUCAACAAAUAUUUUUUAAAACAUUUUGUUAAUUUACAAACAACUUAUUACAUGUCCAUCUCAGGGGACAGUGUGCAUUCUGAACAUGAAAUAUGUUGGCUCGACUUACUUGAGUCCAAAUGGAGGGGCUCACAUGCAAUAAAGUCUUCAACAGCUGUGCUUAAUAGCAAAAAUAAAGAAAUAACAAUUUUGAGUACCUGUCCACUGUAGUGACCAUUAUGCAUCAAAGGGUUAAACUGAUCAGCUGAUGGGUUUUGUUAUAUACAGUUUUCUUCAGGACCAAUUAUUUCUGAUCCUGAUAUUUUUUGCUUUAUUUCUUGAGUUUUCAGAUUUGCACUCUUAAGGGUCUCAAACAGUUUUGGUUUAAGCAUUUUUCUAGUUUCUAAUAAGUUUUUGUACAUCUAAAAUGUUUGAACUUCCAAAGCCUAAAAUAAAAUAAAACUCUGAUCACA